CCUCGUUCCUCCUCCUUCCGUGGCCACUGGCUCAAGCGGUUGUGGCCCAAGUAACACUCUCACCGUGAACUACCCUGUAGGGCACCAGACGAUCAAGUCCUACAAGCAGCAUGCGAGUCUUUGUCGCGGCGGCGUGCGUGGCGGCGGCUUCCGCGCGUGGCCUUGACCGCUCAAAGCACGUGGACAAAAGCAUCUGGCAGUCAACGGUGAGGAGUCCGCUGCCUCACACCACCAUCGAAGAGCACGAGCUGCCGAGUGAGUGGGACUGGCGCAAUGUGUCUGGACGCAAUUUUCCUCCGAACCAUGGACCUCAACCAGCACAUCCCCCACUACUGCGGGUCGUGCUUCCUGCACGGCGCGAUCAGUUCCAUCUCCGACCGAAUCAAGAUCGCGCGGGGGGGUGCUUGGCCAGACAUUCUGGUCUCGCGCCAGGAGGUUAUCAACUGCGCCCCCAACAUGGCUGGGAAUUGCGAAACCGGUGGGUCGCCAGAGGGGGUGUACAGGUACAUGCACGAGUACGGGGUGCCUGACGAGACGUGCCAGCCCUAUCAGGCAGAGAAUCAGCACUGCAGCGAGAUGCGCAAGUGCAUGAACUGCGAUGUUCCCGAUGGCAACUUCUCGCGCGAGUGCUACCCAGUGGCCCACUACACCAAGUACUUCGUCGACGAGUACGGGGCGAUGGAGAUGAAGAGUCCAGUCCACGAGAUGAAAGCCGAGAUAUUCAAGCGGGGGCCGAUCACCUGCUCCAUGGACUGCGUCAGCCUUCGCACCCUGCCGCGCGGUCACAUCUCCAACAAGACUCAGCCAGAUGGCGCUGAGUGGGACCUCGACCACGUCGUCUCCCUCGCGGGCUGGGGCGUAGACGCCGAGACAGGUAUGGAGUUCUGGAUCGUGCGCAACAGCUGGGGCACUUACAUGGGCGACGGCGGCUGGCAUCGGGUGGGUCCCAUCGGCAAGAACCCACUGGGUCUUGAAAUGGAUUGCUCGUGGGCCACUCCCAGGCUGGACUUUGCCCCGAAGGACUAUGGCCCAGACGACAGGAAUCAUGAUUUCCCCACCUACGAGCAGAAGGCGGAUGACAGGCAACUUGUGAUCUGAGAGUGGGCGCCUCACAGUCGCGGUGAGUAUCCUCAGAGCCGUUUUCACACGAGGCCGAAUCAUACUUCGCCAACAUGUUUCUGGCGACGGCAAGUUUUUACACGGAGUUUGUAGCAGACAGCAGCGGCCCAGCAGCGGCACCGAGGGGUCGCCCUUGCUCGCUGGCUGCUGAUUUGUUCGAGCCUGCAACAUUUGAGGCCAGGGUUACGCUGGCACCGACCCUGGCAGGAGCGUGUUUCUCUAUUGCAUGGGGCAUAAUGGGCAUUAUAGCCCUCGGCCCCCCCCGCCUCCCCUCCCCCAAAAAUGUAACGCCCCUCGCCCCCCAGUGCGCUCCGGGCACUGCCGCCGUGCGCACGGCGGGGGGCGUCGCAUUAUACCCCCCCUGUGGCCCCUCCCCCCCCCCCUCUCCCCUUAUAGUGCCCAGUAUCGCCG